AGAAGAAUACAAAUAUACUGCAUUCGAUGUAUCGAAAUCAACGAAGCAUUACAUCGAUCUCUUUCUUUAAAUUCAAAUUGGCAAAAAUCGUAUACAGGUACACUAGUGCCAUUAUUUGAUUCAACAACAAAAUGGAUUAUUUCGCAAUGUGUUUUUUUGUAAAUGUGUUCGCUAUUGUUUUCAACGAUUAUGAACGAGCAAGAGUGUUAAUACAAUUAUAUAUUCUGAUAUGCUGUGCACAUUGCAUCAUAAGAAAACUAGUGGACAUAUGUAGCUCAAAUAAUAAAAGUACAUGUACAUGUAUUUGCUUGGGUAAGCUCUUAUUGAGUGUAUAUCUCAUAUGUGUUAUAGUAUGGCUACUUUUCCACAUAGAUCGCUGGGAAGUACUUGGCAGUGUACUUUUUUAUAUUCUGACUUUUAUGUUACUUAAACGACUUAUGCAGUUCUGUUUAAAGAUCUCUUAUCAGUUUAUACAAUUAGGGGGAGAAGAAACAUUUUCUUUAAAGAUGGCAAUGAAAUUUUGUAAGAUAUAUUUAGACUUUUAUGACUUCUUGAAAGAUAUCCUCAAAAUAGUUUUUAUCAUGUGGGUCAUGCUCAAGAUAAGCGAAAGUAGUAAACAAGACAGAUGUAAUUAUACUACUUAUUUUUGCUCUGGGAUAUGUUUAGAUCAGAUCUAUAACUGUGCACAAAAAGAGGACAGGAACAGCUUGGAGUUUGAUCUCUUUAUGAUAUCAACAAAUUUAGUGCCCGGAAUACAAAUAAUCGCUCAUCGAAUUCAAUACCACAUUAAAAGGCAAGGCAGGAUAGUGUUCGUUAAAGGCAGAAUAUUUUUAUUAAUAUUUAGUUGGAUUGUACUUUCCACCUACUUAGUCGUUUAUUCAGACACUCAUGGUAAAGAGUUUAUGGCCAAUACCUUUUCAAAAUGUACACAAGUUGAGUUCAUAAACGGCAAACGUAUUGUGCAGAUUGAUAGUAUUUCAUCUAUAGCUAUUACAAGAUAUGAAGGCGAGGAUGUUCAAUUUAUUGUGCCCAGUCAACGUAACAAAACUGACUACAGUUACCUUUCUUUCAUCAAAGAUGACCCUGGUCAACCCCGUGCAUAUCCUGUUGUUUCUGGACAUGUUAACUUGUAUGGAUUAAUGGAACCGGACUCCGGUAUUUACGAAUUAGGGCGAACAUAUCUUAGCCUGAAAUAUAUUACAAAUGAUAGUGUUUUGUCAACUGCGAUCAACAGAAAAAAUCAGGAUUGUCCCCAAAUACGAUAUAAUCUAACUGUGAUCAAGCCCGAAGUUCGAUACAUUGUUCCUCGUUUUCGAGGAGUGCUUCUGCAAAUUGUUUAUUUUUACAAGUGUUUUAAUGAAAGUGAUGUAUUUAAUGUACACUAUACAGUUAAUGGUGAAGAUAUAAAUGGCAUAUGUGAAAAUGAUUUCCUAUCGUGUUCUUUAGGUUCUUGGUUUAUUAAAAAGUUGCUGAAACUUAACAAAAUAGAAAUAAAUCGAGUCGAAGGGAAUCGGAUUGCCAUAGACGCAUAUUUUUGUGUGUGCAUUGACAUGUACGGUAGGCAUGACAUAACUAUUCAGCGGGAUAUUUAUAACGCAACUUCUAAAUCAUUUGAAAUUGUAAAUUUUCCAUACCCCGUUCAAGUUGUCAUUGUUCCUAAUAAUACCUACCCGGGGGGUACUGUGAGGAAUCCUCCCGACCCUCGUAGCAAUGAUUUCAUUUUAAAGAUGGUGAAAGAGAGUGAAACGUUAACUGUUGAAUUACCAGUCUUUGGAGAAAUAAGCAUAUACAAAGACAAUUUUCUGAGAGUGAUCAAUAUUUCUAUAUAUUUAGCUUUAUUAUACAUAUCGUAUACAAUUUUACGUCUUGUUCUUGCGCACUGUUGUAACUACCUAAAAUUGAUAAAGGAUGUACUAUCAGGAAGAUGGCUUCAACCACGCUCAAAGAAUUUUGCACACUUGAAUUGUGACGGUAAAAUUAAAUACGACGUUUUCCUGUCAUACAUUGACACACAGCCAGACUAUGCAUUUGCUGAAAACAUUAUUUUACAGUAUUUAGAGCACCGCUGCCAUUUUAAAGUUUAUUUUCCUAACAGAGAAUUUGCAAACGCCUCUGCAAUCCCAAAUAUUAGCGCUUACUUCAAUGCCUGUGAGAUGAGCAACCAUUUCGUGGUUGUUCUUUCUCGGGCAUAUUUGGAAGAUACUGACUGCAAUGAAGUUCAGCUGACGCAUUGUAUUCUUCCGAUUCUGACUAGUUCUGAGCAACAAGGAAGAAAACUCGUUAUUGUAAAAAUCGACAGCGAGGCUAGGCUGCCCGAUCCAGUAAGGCAUUGGCCGGAUGUUGAAGUUAUUGAAUGGACCUCGGUAGACGAUGACAUGCGACAUAAAGCGAAACUAAAGACAAUCUUGGGUAAACCUUUAACGAAAGGUAACGAUGACACAUGUAUUGUGGUUUAGAUAUAUAUAUAUCUUGGGUAAACCUUUAACGAUGAAACCUAGCACAUGUAUUGUGGCUAAAAUGAUAUAUUUUUAAAUAAGAAAUAUAUAUAUAUAAUGAA